CAGUGAAACCGGUGCUCAACAUUGAGUGCAUUGUCGAGACAUUACAGUAGAGUAGAGCCGGUGUUGACUCCACUCUACACUACUGUACAACUCAUACCUAAACUGAAACUCUAGGUAUCGAUCGAUUCAACUGAUCUCAUCUCCAGAACACGUGUCCAUUCAUUUCAAACCAUUUCGUUGUCUCCAAUGAACUAAACAGACCAUGCAUUUCACAGGAGUAGUGAUGAUGUGUCUGAUGGGCGCACAUGUGUUGACCGCAAACCCCAAUCCCACCACAAUUGUAGACCAAUCGGAUUUGGAUCGCAUGAAGACAUUGGUCCACUUGUCAGCCCCGGUGUCCACCAAUUCAUUGUCGAACAUCUAUUACUCCCUCUUCUCCCAGACAUUGCUCUCCCAAACCAUCGCUCAAUCGACUGAUAUAUGCAAUCAUCUGAAGACACAAACCGACCAAACGAUUGAAUCCAUUUUCUACAUCACAUCCGCCGCUAAACUCAUCAAUUGUCAGAUAUCUGGCGCUCAAUACGUGUCUAAACUGGAAUCGGCGCUGAAGGAGGACUCGCCGGUUGCGGACAUAUAUCGUGCGGCCAUUUCUUUGUUGAAUUUGGGAAAAGCCAUCGAUUCAACAAAAGUGGCGAAAGUGUUGGUCACGGCUCUCAAGAAAGACGAGUCGCUAAUCAAUACGGGACUCGCCUUUCAAUUGGCGGCUAAGUUCACGAAAGCGGAGGACAGGAAUUUGUUUGUCGAAAAGAUCGGUGACGUUAUCGUUCAGGCGGACGAAGUGGACGGCAAGUUCUUACAGUUUGAAGGAGGACUCGGCAUCACUGCCAGUAUAGUGAGUGGUGUGUAUCAGUUGGCCAGCGCUAGCAAUAAGCCGAUUGGGCUGAAAAAUGAUCAGGCGCUGAAGUUUGCCAAUUACUUCCUGUCCCGGAAGUACGUUCUCACUCCUAAAAGCAUCUCUGAAUUGCUUGAAGUGUUGAAACUUUUUACUAACAAUAAAUACCACAUUCCGGUGAUAAUCACAAACUAUGGCUCGAGUGCUCUCUCGCCAUCAAACCCUGUGCUUACUGUUCGAGUGACUAAUGUUUUGGGCGCUUCUUUGGGUCCGCUCGCAGUGACAAUUGAUUCGGCCGUCAAAGUCGAUGACAAGAAAACAGUAUUAACUAAAAAGACUUUGCAGAGCGUUCAGGGAGACAGCAAACUUUACGCCAUUAACUUUCUGGACUCGAAGCCGUUGAGAGGACAGUACGAUCUGUUGGUGAGCGCUGUGCCAUCGAAGGCCGACCCUCGUCUCAUAGCAAACACCGGCGUUCAGCUGAAGGCCAUUGUUUUGACACAAGUAUCGAUUGUAAGCGCAGAGAUCACUGUCGCCGAUCGGGACACCGGUGGCAGCGGAGCCGUCACUAAACUUGAAUACCCGAAAGCAAUAUCACAACCAUUAGAAGCGGAUUCUCAGCAGAGAGUUGUCCUUAAAUUUCAAUUGAAAGACAAGAUUGUGGGCGAUUUGAUGUCAGCCCACCAGACAUUCGUUCAGUUGACAAACGUAAAGACAAAGCAAGACAUUGUGUUCAUUGCAGAACACGAUUCGGCGCUUAAUUACAAAUUAGAUCUUAAUUUGCAAACUAAAGCCAAAGACUUGAAUCAUAUGAACGGCUUGUAUGAGAUUUCGCUUAUCAUUGGAGACGCAGUCAUUUCGAACCCAAUCCAAUGGAAGAUCGCAUCAAUUAAUCUUCAACUCUCGUCCUCUCACUCGCCGUCCACUGAAGAAGCGGUUUCUCCGUUUGUCUCCAAACCAGAAAUCAAACAUCUGUUUAGAGAGCAAGAGAUACGUCCGGCGCCUGUCGUGUCCAACGCUUUCUCUAUUCUAGUUUUGCUGCCAAUAGUCAUACUCUUUGGACUCUUAUGGUAA